CGCGCGCGGCACGUGACGCCCGGCGACCAAUCAGAGAGCGCUUCGUGGAGGAGCAGCGCCCGAGGCGAGGUUAUAAAAGGAGGGGAGGGAAGGGCGAAGGAAGCAAAAGGAAGGAGGAACCCUUGAGAGAAGGAGGUUGGAGAGGGACUCUGUGGCAUCUUACCAUGGCUACUACACACUCUAUCUUCAUAUUUGCACUUUGUAUUUUAAUGAUAACAGAAUUAAUACUGGCCGCAAAGAGUUAUUAUGACAUUCUUGGUGUCCCCAAAAGUGCAUCUGAUAGACAAAUCAAGAAGGCAUUUCACAAACUAGCGAUGAAAUACCAUCCAGAUAAAAACAAAAGUCCUGGAGCAGAAGCAAAAUUCCGAGAAAUUGCAGAAGCAUAUGAAACAUUAUCUGAUGAAAAUAAACGUAGAGAGUACGACCAGUUCGGCCAUGCCGAAGGAAGAAAAAGCAACAGCAACGCGUUCCAAGACUUCAACUUCAAUUUUGAUGACUUGUUUAAAGACUUUGACUUCUUUGGCCAAAACCACAACAUGCAGUCAAGGAAACAUUUUGAAAAUCACUUUCGAAGUCAUCAACAGGCUCACAGCAGGCAAAGACGUUCUUUUCCAGACUUUUCAUUUGGAGCAGGACUGUUUGACGAUGUAUUUGAGGACAUGGAAAAAAUGUUUUCAUUUGGUGGCUUUGACAAUACACACCGGCAGACAAUGCGGACUGGGAGCAAAUUCCAUGGAUCUAGUAAGCAUUGCAGAACUGUCACUCAACGCCGAGGAAACAUGGUUACUACAUUUACAGACUGUUCUGGGCAGUAAUAUUUCGCAAUCUGUAUUCUACUGUCUGCCCUUAACUACUUUUUCUUCCUGUCUAUUGCUGCAGAAGCACAGAAGUUCUUCUGUGAACUUUGUGAGAUUUAUAGCUUAAUCACUUUAACUGCUGGAAAUAAGCUGUAGCUAAACUGAUAUGUAGUACGAGAAGUGCAACAAAGCAAAGAUGGGAUGACAUUAAUUUAUUCCACUGCACUUGGUGUAAAAAUCUCCAUGUGACAAUGUUAGGGUGUGUUUUUAAUAAUAUAGGCUGCCAGAUUACCUCACUUACUAUGUUUAUAUUUCACAUUUGGUGAAGUGCUGAGUUGUUGGUAGAUUAGAAAUAUUACCAGGCUCCCAUUUCUAUAAAGUGUUAAUCUGUU